AUGGCUACACCUAAUGUUCCUGCUGUUCAUCCUGAAAUUCCUGCUACCGUCUCCUCGCAGGACGUCGUAGCUAUUGUCACAAUUCAUAACAGACGCGCCUCGCUUGUCAACCGGACGUCCAUAUACGCACAUGCAGAUGUUUUUCGAGCCAGUGAUAAUCCUAGAAGCCCACCAGUUCUUGCUGGUGUCAAUAUCUUCCUGCACCGUCACCUCGACUCAAGUGGCUAUUCGAUGGGACGGGCCAUGGCAGAUCCCAAGGCAUUCCAGAUGCUUCUAGACGUAUACCUCCCUGAUACGCAUGUAGCCAAGCGUCAAUUUGAGGUGGUGCCAGAUUGGGAGCGUGACUGUUGGCGAUUACAGUCUACAACAGAGACUGUAACUAUGGUCAAUGGCGCACCCAUUCAGCUUUCGACACGACGGAAGAAGGAUCAGGGGAAACAGGUCCCAGCUAUGACGUUUCUCAAGCAGCGGGGCGUUAAUAUUAUCACGAUUCAUGACUUCCAGAUCGAUGUCUGGCUAAUGAAGUCCGUUCGGCAGGUGCAUGGACCAAAGGAUUUCGUCCCACUGCCGCUCGACCCUUCUGUUCAAGAUGUUUCUGAUCGCCCUGAACAAUGGGCCCGCGAUCGUUUCAUUGCAACCACAAAGCAAGUGUCUGCACAGACGGUCGGAGUCAUUGACCGCUUCAGUGGGAUGAUCUCAGCUGCGAAGAUUUUCAGAUCCGAAAAUCAUCCACAGCAAUUCCGAGACCGCGAGUUCUUGGCCUUUUCCAAGCAAGAUGUCGAUGCAUCCAUUGUUCGGUACCUACAGACGACUCAGAUUGAUGGCCUCCCUGCGAUAAUCACAGACGCGCAUGCUGGCUUCCAAACCUAUGGCGUGCUGAGACAUGAUAUUCACAGGUCACAUCCAGGUAUCCGCUUCUCGCUUGCCUCAAAGAUGGCUCUUUGCCUGUACCGUGCUUUGGCCUGGAUGCACUUUCACGGCAUUUUUCAUGGCCAAGUCUCCGACGAGAAUAUCCUCAUCCGCUUGAAGGACGGGAAGCCUGAGCACGUUCUUCUGGUCGGCUAUACUACCGCUCGGCACACACCUACAGGGAAGCAGAUCGCCUUUGCGGACAUGCUCACAGACGCGCAAGCUACUAUGAAGCUUGUUGAAGACUGCUGUGACAUAUGGACGUUCCGCAAUGGCCCAACGAGGGACGCCCAGGGUGAGCAUAUCAUGCAGAAGCGCACACAGGAUCUGAUGCUCCAAUACCAUUCUGUCCGACGUUGUUCAAUUGACUUCAUCCAGCGCCUCGGUAACUCGCCAGAAUCCGUCAAGGGCGCCAAGCUUAUCAGGCUGCAAAAUAAGCUCGGGAACGAUUGGAGUAGUGCUCAACGGGCACAGCAACAGAAUCUCAUGGCGCGCGAGGUUGCCCUUCUUGGUACGACAAAACUCAAGGAGCACAUCGAGGAGUGGCAGAGCGCAAAUCCACCGCGAAACACGAUCUACAGAGACUACAUGCUCUUGACCUUAGGCCAUCCAGUCCUCGAUAGUCUGUCGGAUGGUCUGCAUGUCAAGCCAUGGGACGCGAUGCCACAUGAGGUUUGCUCUGCUAUCAAGCAGGCUGGAGGCCAAGUGGAAGAACCCUGGCAGACCUUCCAAGUUCAAAAGACGAUCGCGCUCGCAGCCACAAAUGCUGAGCGAUAUGAUCAGAUCAUGGCUUGGCUUGCUGCUUCCUGCGAGAUCUAUCCUGAAUGGCAUGAGGUCUUGGAGGCCGAGAUCGAAAAGCACCUACGGACUAAUUCGGGCAUGAUUGGCCAAGGCGAGCUCGAGGACCUCCACAGUGCUCUGCAGACUCAUGGACCGGUACCGGCGUCCAUGACUACAAUUUUCAGACUGUUUGCAGACAUGACUACUGUUCCAGAGCAUGUAGAGGAGUUAUACAACGUCUCAUACCACAUUCCUUCGCGCAUGUUCAACAUCACGCAGCUUCAGCGGCUCGCAACUCCCGAAAAUCUCGCGCACACUAUCACUGAGGGUCAGGUCCGCUGCGACAAUUUCGUAGAGGUACGCGGCGACGCCAAAGUGGAGGGGUGCUAUGUUUCACUUUCUCUCUUGACGAAGACUGUCAAUGAUCUCGGACUGCUAUUGCUUGAAACGCCACAUUCGACACCAGAAAUGCCCACUUUCGAUGCAGCCGACUUCAGCCAGGUCCCACAGGCGCGCAUCGUUCUAGCUAGACCCGGCAUGAUAGGAUUCGGUUCCAUGUUGCGCGAAGGUGAUCAGGCAAACUUCCUCUACUCGCGGAUCCCUGAUAGCUUCAUCGACCCGAAUACCUUCAUUGCGACGUACUUCGGCGACAUGAAGGUGCUUCCAGAGCUGGCAGCCGGCACGCGUACUCAUUAUGUUCGUCCAGAGCAUUGGUCAAAGUACAAGACAGCAAAGGAGUCUGAGUCAUUGACGGAGCUGAACAAACGAGAUCCUCUCAAGGCCACCUCAUCCGGUCAUAGUUCUCCAGGUCAAACGGAUGUUGACGAGACCUUGCUUGGGCAAUUGAUGCGUGAUCGUGAGCUCAUUCGGGCUGCGGCUCGUCCACCCACGAAGCACAGCAUCUCUCGGAGUCCAUCGCCGUCCCGAAAGCGCGUGCGUGUUCGCUCGCCCAUUUCUGAGCCGGACUCUGCGAUCCCAGAUAUCUCCAUGUCGUUUGUCCAGCGCAUGGAGGAGCGCUACCAGCAAGCGACGCUACCACCAUCGCAGAAUUCGCCUUUCAUGAACAAUUCGUUCAUGCAGCGGAACUCAGCACUCCUCAAAGUAGCACCAAACGACCCGACAAACGUCAACGUGUCGUUCACUGUGGGAGAUGAAACUGAGUGCCUUGACGAUGAUUGGAAGAUAGUCGACGAAAUGCUCGCCGAAAUGCCAGACGAAGAACCUGAAAUCGAAGGCGUCUUUGGCUUCCGAUUCCAUGGCUCCGGUUCAGAGGACGGUACUGAAGUGGAUCCCAAUAGCGUCAGUGCUUUCUUGGGUAAAGGCGGUGGUACAGCCGUAAACUCGUUUGUAUCAACAGCUGGGUCAAACCCGGCGCGCGGAUCCUUUGGAAAUCAGCAGUCUCGGUUGUGGGACAUCCCAGAGUCGCCAACAGAAUCUUGGAGCCAGUUCCAACAGUCGUCCAAGGGCCCGGCACACGGUGCUCCCCCAACAUCUCUGCGAAAGCACAUUCGACGUGUAAGCGACGACAGCUCAGAGGCCCUGAAUCCGAAUCGCUCCAACUGGACGUCGAAGCGACCUGGGAAAUCGUCAAAGUCAGCCCAGUCGUCCUUCAACCGGUCUUUGAUCGAUGGUCCUGCUCGUCUAGUCAUGGACUUUAACGCGUCCUUUGGUCCAUUCCGUGGCAAUGCACCUUCAGUGGCGCAGGCCUCUCCUCCAGCUGCUCGCCCAAUAAUGGACGUCAACGCCUCUUCUGGUCGCCAUAGCGGCAACGCUCCACGAGUGUUGCAGACGUCUCCGCAAGUUGCUCGCUCAUUCAGGCCCGGCAAUCCCGUCCAGGAAGCAGACAACCCAGUGAUCAACCCUGGUACUCAAACUCCAGUAAACCAGAACGCAUCUUCCGACUCCCAUGACCCACCGACGGAAGUAGGCAGUCCUCAAGCAGACAGCGCUGGUGGUGCGAUUAGCGGGUUCCUACUCAACCAGUUGGGGCAACAAAGCCAGGGCGGGGAUGAAGACAUGCCGGACACGGAUGAGGGCGAGAGUGAUUGA